AGUCAUUUCUAUCAUUAAUGAAAUUCAUUCAUGUUAAAUUGAGCUAAUUUUAUAUUAUUCAAAUUUUCGCCACUGCUACCCUCAUCAUUAUUGGUUAAACCUCUGGGAAUUUAGACAUUCUUGGCAUUCUUUAUUUAUACGUUGUUCACUAGACUUUUGAUUUGCAUUUGAUGUAUUAAAAAUAACGACAAACGAUGGAUUUAUUGGAAUUUUCUCCAUACAAAGUCAAAAAAAUUAAUGAAAUUUUUCAUAUUUUCUUCAACAAUUCAUUAUUCUAUGUUCAACGUUAUUAUUAUUCAAUGCAAGAAUAUGUCAAACAUAAUAUAACAUUUACAUGGCGAAGAUUAUUGUUACCAACUUGGUUAGCAGUGAAUGCCUGGUCAAUGAUCAUAUUCUUCAUAUUAGUAGUGUUUAGAAAACUACCUGAUUAUACAUUUCUUGUGGAAAUACCACUUACAGUAAUGAAAAUUAAUAAUUUUGAUUUGCUUGUUUAUUAUGUUCUGCUCACGUACAGCCUAUGGGAAAUCAAAUGGAUGUCGACAUUCAGAUUGAUUAUCAACUAUAAACUACCAUUCAACAGCAUAUGUUUAUCAUAUUGGCGUAUUCGUGAUUGUCGUCUAAAUCGCAAGAAUGAUGAAAAAUAUCUUAUAAAUUUUUUCAUAAAAUCAUCCUAUACAUGUGGAACUAUUUUUCGUCUAAGUGUUUUUGGUUUGAUUCCCCUAUGGAUAAUGUUUCUCAAAUAUUUAAGCUCACUCUAUAUGAAGCAAGUAAUCUCAUUGAGACAAUUUUUAGUCUGUUCGACAAUGCUUAUCGCUUGUUAUAUUAAAGCUGUACAUAUUAUUGGUGAAUUGAUAAUAGAGAUGCUAUUUUUGUUGUUCACAGCCGAAUAUCUCAAAAUACACAUACAACGGACCAUUAAACUAUUGUCAUUGUGGAUCAUCUUUGCAAGUCGAUAUCGUAUGUUACCACAAUAUUAUUGGCGACAAUAUGUCAUUGCAUUCUCUCGUAUUGGACGAUUUAGAGUGGCAAGCAAACCAUUUCUAAUGCAAAUAGAAAUGGUGACCAAAAUAUCGUUCACUAUGGCCAUAUUGUUCUAUUGGCAACAAUCUCAGAUAAAUAUUUUCAACGGAUUCAUCACUUUAGUGUUUGUGUCAAUGUUUUGUUUUCCACAGUUCCUCUAUUUACGGUUAACCAUGUUUCCUUACUAUAAUGAGUGUUUCUAUAAAUUAAUGUUUUCAUUGAAUGCCCGUAAACAAUUACGUAUGCAACAAUUACAAACCAAUCGUAACAUAUCGAAGCGUUCACAACGUGUUUAUAAGAUAAUGGAUCGUUUGAAUCUACGAGAAAUGAUUAUGCGUAAUUUACAGACACAAAUAGCUUGUAAAAAUGAAUUUGGUUUCUAUUGUGGUCCUUUCUUUUUCAUAACUAGAGCUAAAUUUGCUGAAAUGUUUAUUGCAAAUUUUGUUUUCGCUAUUAUGGUUUAUAAAAAAAUUUGUUUAUAUAACGUAAAUUUAGAUAUUUUAAAUAAUUGA